CCGGCAGUCCCGACUGUACUUUUUCUUGGCUAGGAAGUUGACGCUGGAGGAGGAGGAGGAGGAGGAAGAGAAGGGGGUUAAGCCAGAGUGUCGCCUGUGUUGAUUUUCUUGUUUUUUCCAAAACCUCUUUUCCCCCACCAUCAUCCACCCGUCCCCACUUAUAUACCUUAAUACCUAUACAGCCAGCUUAACUAGAGAUCUACUCCUUUUUUAUUCAUUUUAUUUUUUAUUGCUUUCUUUCCUGCUCGCUUGCUCGCUCGCUUUCCCCUUCAUUGAACCGUGGGGCUCUCGUAUGAUGUCCAAGAAUGUCCAUUACUGGAACUCUUAGCAAUUAUUAUGUCGACUCCAUUAUAAGUCAUGACAGCGAAGAAUCGCCUGCCGCCAAAUUCUCCUCCGGGCAGUACUCAAACUCCAGGCAAAGUAGCCACACUGAGCACCUCGAGUUCCCCUCUUGUAGCUUUCAGCCCAAAUCGUCCGUUUUCAGCGCCUCCUGGACGCCUCUGACGCCACACAGUGCUGCUAGCCUUCCUUCGGUCUACCAUCCCUACAUCCAGCACCAAAACCUCCCUGCCUCCGAUAGCAGCAGGUACCUACGGAGCUGGCUGGACCCAGUGCCCAGAACAGAAAACAUAGCCGGGCAGGGACCCGUUAAAACAGAACCGCUGCUGGGACCUCACCCGGGGGAGAUCCGUAAGCAGGGAGCGCAGGAGUACCAUGUAGACGCUGCUGCGGCUGGAAGGGAAGGGAUCGCUAGUUCCAACCAAAGGCCCAGCUUCGAGGACAAUAAAGUUUGUGAAGGAAGCGAGGACAAAAGCAGGCCAGAUCAAACCCCGGAUUUGAAGAUAGAUAAAAAUCUUGCCCAAGAAAACCGCUCGGUUCCAGAGGGACAGGGUGCCGGUGGGCGUCCUGUACAUUCUAGCUUAGAAGGUAACCCCGCAGCCAACUGGUUGCAUGCUCGCUCUUCCAGGAAGAAACGAUGCCCUUACACCAAGUACCAGACCUUGGAACUGGAGAAGGAGUUUCUGUUCAAUAUGUACCUCACCAGGGACCGUAGACACGAAGUGGCCAGGCUGCUCAACCUGAGCGAAAGACAAGUCAAAAUCUGGUUUCAGAACCGAAGGAUGAAGAUGAAGAAAAUGAAUAAGGAGCAGGGCAAAGAAUGAAGAUGCCCCGUCCUUUCUCCGCCGCCACCAUCACCACCAGCCGUCCCACUCCCUCUCUCCCUCCCUCUCCUCUCUCCCAAUUUUGGUCCCGUCUCCAAGCUAAUGUUAUAUUUAUGGGCAGCGGCUUCCCCAGCGGUGCUCCAAAACUACAGCAAAAACCAAGCCAGAACUCUUGGUCGGCAUGCCAGGAAUACAUAAUGAAUGCACCUGCUUGUUUGCAUUUCGGGUCCUCCGACAAACCCCUCAAUGUCUAAAGAUAGUGAAGAAAUAAGGCAGAUUUGGAGCACCUUUGGCUUUUGAUCCCCUCCUUCCCACCCCAAAUUAACUUAUAGCAAGAUCAUGGAUGGCAGUGCUAUGUCAUCUUUGCAUGGCUUUCAUUAAGCCACUCCAUUGCCUUGUCCCAUGCGAAGGACAUCAUUCCACCUGGAACUUCAUCCUCUGAGACAACUGCUUGGAAAUCAACCCAGUGGAGGCUUCCAGGUGGAUUGUGGCCCAGAUCUUUCCCCACCAGCUUACUUUUCUCUCCUCUAAUGGAAAGGACCAGGCCAUUUGAGAGAUCUAGAAAAGAGGCGAUGUUGGUGGAAGCAUCCUUGGAAAAGCAUGCAUCCCACCAAGUUCUGGGGUGGGUGGGUCUCACUUUCUUGAACAUUUAAAUCCUCCUCCAACUGUGUUGAACUACAGCCCUCAUAAUCCUCAACCAGUGAUGGGAAUUGUAAUCCAGUGUAAGUACACCUGCUUGAGGAAAGCUACAUGAAACAGGCUUGCCUGUUCUGGAUGAUUCUCUUUUCUAACACAAUUCACACACACACACACACACACACACACACACACACACACACACACACACACACAAAGAGAGUAAUGGCACAAUCUGUUGGCCAGCUCCCUAAUCUUUCCAAAGGGGCAUGGAAAGGAAAUCUUCCCAGUAGGCCUGAUAUUCUGAUCCGUUCCCACCAAAUUGAUCCUAACCUUUAAGGGACAAGAGAUGGGUUCGAGAAGGUUGAUAAUUUAAAAUAAAAUUGUGGGGCAAUGAUGGGGAACAACUUGGCUUUGCAAAAGUGCUUUUGUGUCUCGGCUAUUCCUAAUUUAUUGUGAACAUGGAGACUGAGAAAACCACUCGAGGGCCAAGGCUGGUGUAAGGCUGGUGGGCAUGGGGUGAGUUUCCUUCCUUUUCCUUCAUCCGAGUUUGUGCUGAGAAGUCUUAAUACUUGAAUGUCCUGGGAGACUUUGUCCUCUGCUCCUGGAGGACAAACCCAUCUCUCAUCUUCACAUGAAAACCAACUUUUGAGUGGCAUUGAAUUGAUGUGGUGGCUUUCUGGGAUGGGAGGUGUUCUCUUUCUUUUGAGUUACUUUUUCAUUGUUUACACAAAUAAUAAUAAUAAUAAUUGCCAUUUCAUACCUUUUUUUAAAAGGGAGGGAGGGGAGUCUCUCAUUCCUAAAAGUCUGACCCUCCUAGCCUUGGUGGGAAUCUAAGGAAAAGGGGAAGGAGGGGACAAGGACCCUUGUGGCACCUUUAAGACUGGUUCAGUUUUAAAUCCGUUAUAGCAGUAGUAAGCCUUAAAGGGGCCACUAGAGUCCUCUCUCUGCCUCCUCCUCCUCCCAACUUUCCUCUUUUCUACUCAAACAGACUAACACUGCUUUCCUUUUUGAAAAGUUACACGGGACUCUGGUCCCCUUACAACUAACUAAAUUAGUUUCUCUCUCCAAUCCCCCUCAAUUUGGUGGGGCUUAGGGAGGGCGAAGUAGGUAGGUAAGUAACUUUAGUACAAGAUGGUUAUAUAUGGUGUGUGAGGAUUUGAGGGAUUAAUAUUAUUAUUAUUAUUUGGUCUUUUGUUUUUAUAAAAGGGGGAAGGGGGGGAAAUGUGUUCGUGACUGUGAUUUUGUGAAUGUUUGGCUUGUUUUUUCCUGUGGCUUUUAGGAGUAUAAAAUGGAGUCUGUACAUAGUAGUUUCAGAACUGGAGAGGAAUUUACAUAUGCAAACGCACUCUUUCUGCUCUUCUUCUUCUUCUUCAUCAUCCUUUCAUUUGGAUUUACCACUUUUUUCUCUUUUAAGGAAUAAUAAUAGUGCCAUUGGGUGGCAGAAAGUUGAAGGGUGGGAGGAACCGAUGUCUGUCUUUCAGGAUCGUUCCAGACAAACAGUUGCAGUGGAGAAAUCUAAUUUCGUAGAGCGUUGUAUAGGAUUUUUUAUACCGUUUGGCUGUCCUUUAGAAAUUUGAUAGGGAUAUUUUAAUCUUUCCAAGGAGCAUGGCCUGGUUUGGAGGAUUUUCUUGAAAAUUGGAAGAAAAUACAUCUUUUAAGGGGGCUUAGAUUGGUAUUUUUUAAAAAGCUGCAUAUUAAAAAAGAAGGGGUUCGUGGGAUUUUAAAACGCAUUCCCCUCCAAAACCCUUGAAAUAGGUCCUAAAUAGCUGUGUUUGUUUUCUAUACAAGGAGGGGAGUUAACAGGGGUAACCUCUUUUAAGGUAAAAGACAAGCGCAAUCCUUUUUAUAGCUUAAAAAAAACCCCGAACUUUAUGAAAUGUUCCCUCUCUUUGUUUUUUUCCUCCUUGUAAAAAUAAUAUUGGAGUUUAGUUUGAAAUUAGGUUAUUAUUGUUAGGAUGUCUGUUGGGCUUAGGAAG